AUGUCAACACCUAGCAACAUAUUUAAUAAUGUUGGAAACUCUGCUAACAAUGGAGCAGAUUCUUCAGCAGUACCAGCCCUUAAUUUAAACAACAACAGUAGCAAUGAUGGUAAAUCUGUGCUUUCAGGAUUUUCUCUCAACUUAGCUAAGAAAGACGACACAUCUACAGAAAAGCCUCUUUUUAGUUUUUCUACGCCAUUAACCUCUAGCUCAAAUUCUACUCUGGGUGGCAGUACCCUUUUCGGUAAUAAGGAUGGGGUCACUGCUGCACCUGCUGCCAGCUCUACUACCCCUGCCCCGUCAGCAUUUGGCGGUUUGGUUGGAUCAACAACCGGCUCGACUUUAUUUGGUGCAUCCACCACUAAUUCCUCAGCCUUUGAUGCUUCUAAGUCUGCUUUUGGUAUAGGCGCCGGCAAUUCAUCAACUACCACUAAGCCAGCAGCUUCUGCUUUUGGAGCCACUACUACUACUACUACGCCAGGAUUCAGCUCUGGUCUUGGUUUUUCUAAGACUGAAGAAAAAAAAGAUGUUGCUACCCCAUCAUUUUCGUUUGCUCCUUCUGAUAAUACUGCUACAUCAAAGACUACAUUUGGGCAAAUGUCAAGUACUACAGCGCCUUCGGGUUCACUUUCUUUUAAUACCUCUGCUGCGUCAUCUGGCUCUUCUGCAUUUGGUCAGAAAGCUGGAUUUACCUUAAAUUCGACACCAGCUACUUCUGCUUCUACCGAUGCUACUAAACCCGCGUUUUCUUUUUCUGCUCCAGCUGAUAAGAAAAAGGAAACUUCGCUAUUUGGCUCUUCUUCAUCAGCCACUACCCCAGCUGCUGGUUUAUCUUUUGGUAAUUCCACUGGCACCCUUUUUGGUGCUAAAACUGAUGCUCCUAAGCCUACUAGUUCUAUCUUUGGCGGUGCUUCAGCCAACGAUUCAAAGCCAAGUUUAUUUGGCUCUAAGCCCGAUGCUCCUGGACCUAGUAGACCAUUGUUUGGUUCUCAAUCAGAGGCUUCCAAAUCAACUGGUCUCUUUGGUUCUAAGCUAGAGGGCGCUUCUGAACCUGCUACUUCUAUUUUUGGCUCUAAGCCUGAUACUACAUCCAAACCUACCACUUCUCUUUUCGGUUCUAAGCCUGAUGACACAUCUAAACCUGCCGCUCCUCUUUUCGGUUCUAAACCUGAUACUACAUCCAAACCUGCCACUCCUAUCUUUGGCUUGAAAACUGACACCGCAUCCAAUACAUCUACUUCACUUUUUGGUUCCAAGCCUGAGGAGGCAUCUAAGACAGGAACUUCUCUCUUUGGAGGUGCUGCUAAGACUGAGUCUGCUAAUGCUGCUGAGAAUAAAGAUGACUCUAAGGCUAAGGCUGAGCCUUUAAGUGAAUCUUCUAAGCCCAUCACUGAAAAUAAGACUGAUGCUAAGGAUGAUGCAGAGCUCGCUGCCAAAAAGACUGCUAAACUUAAAAUUCCCACAGAACAAGAUACUGCUGUUUACUUACAAAGCAGAUCUCUGGAAGACAUCAUCAGCAAAUGGACAAUGGCUUUAAGCAAGCGCACUUCCGAGUUUCAAACGCAAGCUGUUGAUAUUGCGUCCUGGGACCGUGUUUUGUCCGAAAACGGUGACCGCAUUUCUCAAAUGUAUACUGAUGUCGUUGCUGCUGAACGCAAGCAAAGCACAAUUGACCAGAGUCUGGAUUAUAUUAACCGCCAGCAAGACGAUAUUGAAGCCCUGCUAGAUACAUAUGAAGCCCAAGCACAAGAACUGCUUUCUGAUCUGGCUGGUCCUGAUGGCCUCCAACCUGUCGAUCAGGAGCGUGAAAAGUCGUAUCGUUUGGCAGAGGAACUUAAUGAAAAACUUGAAAGUAUGGGCAACAACUUGGGAACUGUCAUUAAUGAAAUUAAUGACGUUUCAACCGACUUAACUGGAACCAAGACUGAUGACGAUCCGCUGACACAGAUUGUCAAGGUUUUGAACUCACAUCUAUCUUCCCUCCAAUGGAUUGAUACACAUACAAAUGAACUUCAGGAAAAGCUUGAGCAAAUUGAAGUCCUCAAGAGUCAAACGCGGGAUAAUCUUGACGUCUCCAAUAAAGUGUACGGCGCAAGACACUUUCGUUAA